AUGGAUUUCAUCCGAGCUCUUUUCGACAGGAAUAAACAUGUUCCAGUGUUCACGCCGCUCCCUGCUUCCCCCACACUACUAGCGUCACGAAAAUGCGAUCCAUUCAUUUGCUCUGCAACUCGCACUGGCAUCGAGAAGCAAGCUAUAGGUGGACAAUUGCGACCACUCCCGUUACCUCACCCAAAUACACUAAAGAGUUGGAAACGCUCUGUGAAAAUCCCAAUUUCUUCCCGAUACUCAUGCACCGCUUCAGCUGAGGAAGAAAGUAAAGGCCAGGGUAGUCUCCUGGUCGAGGGACGAUUGUCAAAGACAUCGAUCAAAGUCAUUGCCAAGAUGCCCAAGAUUCGUUGGAGGAGUCGGGAGAAAAGGCACCCUUCAUCCAAGCUUGUGCGAAAUAGUUACUCACUGAAAAUCGGAAAGCCUGCCGUUGCGCGUCGUCCCAUUUUUCGGCGAGUGAGUGAUGAGGUAGAGAGAUGGGAUUUGAAUGCCGUGGGAUGGCUGGGAGAUUACGACGAAGUGGAAGUUAACGAGGGCUCGAGAUCCUCCAAGCCUGUCCAGAGAACGCGUAUUGAGCUGAAGCGAGACUCUAAGGCUGAGUCGUUAACCAUAGAACGACGCGACGCGAAACUGGGAAAGGCAAAUCUUAAAUUUGUGCCAAGAAAAAUGUUCAGCGCUUCGCUGACGGUAAAGGAGGUUGCAUGGAGGAAAGCGAGGAAAGCUUUAUCUACAUCCCCGCAAACCGCAGUACUCAAGGAUGCCAAAAGACGGCGCUCUUCUUCAGAUAUAGCCGUUAAAACGGCACUUGACUACCGUUCGAAAGGACACUCUUGGACUUUCACCAACACAGUUGAAGGUUUUCAAGCAAUCCUAUCCCUUGUAACCCGUCUACAUCCUUUUCGCUUAACCCCUCGAGUUCAGAUUCCUCUCGGCCGCUCGACGAAAAACCAGCCAUGGAUGAGUUGGACACAUGUCGAUGGAAGCAGUUUGGGCGAGAUUCAAAUUGGCCGUGAUGGACUUGCCGUCUCUGCCUGCUGGCCAGACCCGAAAGUGAGUUUGAAACAGAGAGGUCGAAAUGGCGGUUCAACGCAGCUGUCCCUGGACAGCAAAGGCGUUUUCUCUCUUGAUAAAACGAUUGUUUCCGAACCCAUGCUCAACAGUGCGGUUUUAACUCUUAGCACACAUACUGGCAACGGCAAGGACGAUUCCAGUCUUACAGCAACAUUGGCUGGCCAGUAUGGCCUCUUGUCCGUGUCCGCUAACACAUCGCAGUCUCUCAACCUUAUAGCAGAUAUCAACAUAGAUCGCAGAAAUCGGACUUACUCUGCUUUGAUCAAUCUUCAGAAGGGCAAGAGUCUCGAAGCUAGACUCGGAUUUUUUCUGUAG